UAUCUUAUUUUGUGUUGUUUUCAUGUAUAUAAGAAGUUUGCAGUACUAUCAACAAGAUUAUCACACAUUCAUGUGCACCACCUUAGUAUAUUGUUUUGCAAAGCAAAAACAAGCAAUUAUUGCUGUCAAAGAUAACAAAGACAAAAUUCUACUUGUCUGACAGUUGAUAAUUACAGAUUGUCUCUAUUCUUCAAACUGAAAUGUAGAUUACAUCUGUUUACAUCUGUCUUUUUCACAUGCAUAUAUAUCUAUACAGCACACUCUAUUCUUUUUUUCAAGACUGAUAGGAACAAUUAUAAAAACAGCAAAACAAGGACUUUACUCAGUCUAAGUGGGUUUCUGACUGUAGUUCUAUGUCUAGUUUUACCUAUACAUGGAUCAGAUAUGAUGGAGAAAAGAUUUUUGAAACUGGAAAAUAUCAUUAUGUCACAGCAAAGAGAACUGGACAAUUUCCGUACAGAGACUGGCCAUCUAAAAAGUGAGUUGGAUAUCCUUUGUGCUGAAAAAAGGGAUGAGAUAAACUUUCUAAAAAGCGAGUUAGAUGACCUUCGUGCAGAAAAGAAUAAAGAAAUAAAACUUUUAAAACUUGAGUUGGAUAAUCUUCAGGCUGAAAGAAAUGAAGAAACAGACCUUUUAAAGAAAAAGCUGCAUCUUUUGCAAAGUGAUAAAAAAAGGAUAUGGACAACGAAUAUGCUGAUGAAGGGACAGACAUAAGAAAUAAUGUUAAAGACAUAGCAAAGAGGCAAAAACGAUUCCAGACAUCAACGAAUGUUGCAUUUUAUGUUUAUUUAAGUCAUCAUCCCCAAUAUAAUAAACACGAAACAUUGGUGUUUGAUGUUGAGGAAACUGACACUGGAGAUAAUUACAAUGCAAAUGAUGGCAUUUUUGAUGUACCUGUGACAGGGACGUAUGUUUUCACAGUCACUGUUGGUAGUCUUCAUAAUGGUUUUGUAACUGCUGAAAUUAUCGUAAAUGGACAAGUUAAAGGAACUGCAUUUGCAAACUCUGAACAUAUUCAUGAUGACCAUUCUGCUAGUGGGACAAUAGUUGUUCAUGCAAAUGCUGGAGACCAUGUAUUUGUAAGAAAAGGUGCCACAAGUGACAACUAUCCUAUUAUUAGUGACAAUGCAUAUAUACGGACAGCAUUUUGUGGUUGGCUGUUAUUUUGAAAAACUGACAUGCAAGCACUUAUUAGGUGGAAAGUUUUUCUGUUAUUUUCCUUAUGCAAUAGAUUGUUAAUCACUUUCUUAUGUUUUCAAUCUUUAUCAUGUUUGAUCAUGAAUUCAAUGUGGAAACUUAACUUUUCUGGAAGGAAAUUCAACUGUGUGGUACCAGUAUUCAUAAUUCAUUUAUUUUACUACCCGAAAUUAUACACAAGAAACAACUGCAAUAUUCACAGUUUACUACAUGUUUAUUUAUACAUUUUAGAUAUGAUGACACUCAA